ACAUUAUUAUUAGACUUGUAUAAUGGAUGAAAAUAAAAGAUUAUUAAGUGCAGUUGAUUAUUAUUUUAUUCAAAAUAAUGGGAAUCAAUUUAAGAUAUCACUUCAUUAUCCACCAUAUUUUUAUUUGAUGGUUAAGUCCAACCAUGUUAGAGACACAGCAUCUUUUUUAAAUAAAAAAUAUACAGGUGUAAUAAAUGAUAUCAACAUAAUUUUCAAAGAAGAUUUAGAUAUGAAACCGGAUCACCUAAUUGGACGUAAAGGUACCUUUCUCAAAUUGUCGUUUCUUUCCAUCUCAGAUUUAAUGAAGGUCAGAAAUAGUCUCAUGCCCAUAAUCAGAAAAAAUAAGGACAAAAAGGAUUCCCUCGAUGUUUACUCAUCAUACAAAAAUUCGCACGAUGACGAUGCCCCGAAUAGAUCCAACGAUAUGAACAUUCGAAAUAUAGCUACUAAUCUAGAUGAAAUGUUCUCUCACAUACUAGAUAUGAGGGAGUACGACGUGCCUUACUAUAUAAGGGUUUCCAUCGACUUGAAAAUUUUUGUUGGACAUUGGUACAACGUUAAAGGAAAGGGUGGGUUCGAUAAUAUAUACCCAGAGAUCACUUUAUUGCCGGAUAUAGAAGAGAGACCAGAACCCAUUAUCAUAGCCUUUGAUAUUGAGACUACGAAAGCACCUUUGAAAUUUCCAGACCAAAGUUUUGAUCAAAUCAUGAUGAUAUCGUACGUUAUUGAUGGUCAGGGUUAUCUUAUAACAAACAGGCAAAUAGUUUCUCGUGAUAUAGAUGAUUUCGAAUAUAAUCCUAAACCAGAAUUUGAGGGAUUUUUCACUAUCUUCAACGAAAUAGAUGAAUUAGCCACUCUGAAGAGAUUCUUUAAACACAUAUUGGAUAUCAAACCCCACGUGUUUGUGACGUACAAUGGCGAUGGUUUUGAUUGGCCUUUUAUAAAAGCUCGGGCUCAAACCUAUGGAAUAGAUAUGUAUGAGGAAAUUGGGUUUUUUGAGGAUUCCCAGAAAAAUUAUAUAUCUAACACCUGCAUACACAUGGAUUGCUUCAAAUGGGUCAAACGUGAUAGUUAUCUACCUGUUGGAAGCCAAGGACUCAAGGCCGUGGCUAAAAUCAAAUUGGAUUACCACCCCUCUGAAUUAGACCCUGAAAAGAUGUGUACCAUGGCAAUUGAUAACCCGCAAGUAUUAGCUUCUUAUUCCGUGUCCGACGCCUUAGCUACUUAUUAUUUAUACAUCAAGUACAUACAUUCAUUCAUCUUCUCGCUCUGUACCAUCGUUCCAAUGGAUCCUGACGAUGUUCUGAGAAAAGGGUCCGGUACACUCUGCGAAACCUUGCUCAUGGUUCAAGCCUAUCACGCAAACAUAAUCUACCCUAACAAACAGCAUCACAAUCGAUACAAAUACACAAAAGAUGGGUUUUUGAUUGAACAAGAAACCUACAUUGGAGGUCACGUUGAGGCCAUCGAGUCUGGCGUUUUCCGUUCCGAUAUCUUGCUCCCUUUCAAAAUAGAUAUAAAAUACAUAAAAGAUAUGAUAAAUAACGUCGAAAACAUUAUUAAAAACACGAUCGAAUACGAAGAAGAGAUUCCGAUCACUCAAAUAAUCAAUUUUAAAGAAGUAUGUGACGAGAUAUCAUCGACACUAUACACCAUAUCUAAAACGGAUUCAUUGAAUGAGGCUCCAAAAAUAUAUCAUUUGGAUGUGGGGGCUAUGUACCCUAAUAUCAUUUUGACUAAUCGCUUACAACCAUAUGCAGUGGUAAACGAAACGACUUGCGCAAAAUGUACCUUUAAUGUGGCUGGAUCCGAUUGUCAGCGGCCUCUGAAUUGGAAAUGGAGAGGAGAGCACAUGCCAAUCAACAAAACCGAGGCUCAGCGGAUAUCUCUUCAACUCGAAAACGAAACUUUUGUAUCCAAACAGGAUGCCCAUCCGAAUAAUAGUGAUAAAGUUGUUAGAGUGAAUGAUAAUCCUAACGGAAGUAAACUUUAUGACAAUAAAUUUACUGGUAGCUCUAACAUUCGCAAACCUUUCCACGAGUUACCUAAGGAGCAGAGGAUGACAAUCGAAAAGCAACGAUUGAAAGAAUAUAGCAGAAAGGUAUAUAAAAAACUGAAGAUAACGAGGGAAGAAGAAAAAACUUCGGUUACAUGUCAAAGGGAGAAUUCAUUUUACAUAGACACAAUUCGAGCUUUUAGGGACAGGCGAUAUGAUUUCAAAAAUAUGGUAAAAUUCUGCAACAAAAAAAUAGCGGCCCUUAAAUCUAACCAAAAUCAAAUUUACCUUACUGUUGACCCUGAUAAUGUCAACAACGCUAACGAAAAUCUGAAAGAUCUAGAAAACAAAAAAAUCCUAUACGACUCUCUUCAGCUUGCUCACAAAUGUAUUUUGAAUUCGUUUUAUGGAUACGUAAUGAGAAAAGGGGCUAGAUGGUUUAGUAUGGAGAUGGCAGGGAUAGUUUGUCUCAUCGGUUCUCUCAUAAUCAAAGAAGCCAGAAGCGUUGUCGAAAAAAUAGGAAGACCACUGGAGUUAGACACAGAUGGAAUAUGGUGUGCUUUGCCAUCUUCAUUUCCCGAAAAUUUUACAUUCACAACUUUAAACGCCAAGAAGCCCAAAAUUAUUGUGUCUUUUGUUGGCGCUUUGUUGAAUUUAAUGGUUCAAGAAAAAUUUACUAACCGUCAGUAUCAAGUGUUAGUUGACGAUAAAAACUUUGUAUAUCAAAAAAGAGAUGAAAAUUCGAUAUUUUUUGAGGUCGAUGGGCCUUACCAUGCCAUGAUUCUGCCAUCAUCUAAGGAAGAAGGGAAAAAACUGAAAAAAAGGUAUGCCGUAUUCAAUAUGGAUAAAAGUUUAGCUGAGAUGAAAGGGUUUGAGGUCAAAAGAAGAGGUGAACUACCCUUCUUAAAAAUAUUUCAAAAUUCCGUUUUCGAAGCAGCACUUAAAGGCAACACCCUAGAGGAAAUAUAUCGAUCGCUGGCCAACGUAGCAGAUUAUUGGCUCGAUUUUUUAUAUAGCAAAGGAGCUGAUAUGUCGGAUGAAGAAAUAUUUGACCUGAUAGCCGAAAACAAAAACAUGUCUAAAAAAUUGGACGAGUAUGGAGCUAAGAAAUCAACUUCCAUUAGCACUGCUAAGAGAUUGGCAGAGUUCUUAGGUGACCAAAUGAUAAAAGAUAAAGGUCUAAAUUGUUGUUACAUCAUAGCCAAAAAACCGGAUAGCUCCCCUUUGAGCGAAAGAGCCAUUCCUUACGUUAUAUUCCAAGCCGACGAAAAAAUUAAGAGGCAUUACCUUAAGAAAUGGCUCAAAGUUUCUCAACUCGUUCAAAAUGAAAAUGGGGGAAUCGAUAUAAAGGAUAUCGUGGAUUGGGACUAUUACAUAGAGAGGAUAUCAAGCGCCAUACAAAAAAUCAUUACCAUUCCCGCCGCUAUGCAAUAUAUCAAAAAUCCUGUUCCAAGAGUACCCCAUCCAGAGUGGCUACACAAAAAAUUGGUUAGCUUCAACGAUGUAUUUAAACAGAAGAAGAUUAGCGACAUGUUUUCUCCCCAAAACAGUUCUAAUAGUCAAAACCCAGAAUUAUUUUUGCCUUUAAAUCGUAAACGGGCAAAUGUGUCGGGUGAGAUAGAAAUAGUAGAUAUUGAGGACAUUGGGAGUCUAACUAAACGUCAAGUCAUUAAUAAUAUUAAUGAUUAUAAUAAAAAUAACGACGCCCAUUUAGACAUAACCGAUAGUAAUAAUAACAAUCCAGAUUUCGACACACAUUUAGAUACAACUAAUAUUAAUAAUAUUAAUCCUAAAGAAAUUGCAAUAGAUAAAUCUAAGAAAAAGAUUAAACCUUCUAAACCGCUCUAUAAACGUGAUAAAUUUUGGAAGGGGAUUAUAGGCGUUUCGCCUGUUUUAAAUUAUAAUCAAGGUAAUUUCACAUCCUGGCUAAAUUACCAUAAAUCCAAAUGGCGAAUUCAAUUAGAAUUCCGUAAGCGGGAGCACAAUCCUACAAAUUCUCCUCACCAUUUAUCUAAUAAACUUUCUAAACAAAAUCCGUUCCAUAAUCUAACUCAGAAAAACAAUAAUAGAAUUUACAAUUACCCUUGGCAUGUAAUACAGGUUAUGGAAAUGCCUAAUGAACCAGGAAUAUUUAAAGUAUGGGCUAUAAUAGACAAAGAUUUAACAUGCCUAAAACUAGUAGUGCCUCGCAUAUUUUACGUUAAUCAAUACAUCCCAAAAUCGAAUGAAUGCACGAAUAAAAAUAAUUAUAAUAAUCAAAACGCCAAUUUUUGGGAAAAGGUCUCUCGGAUAUUGCCCAAAAAUCAAACUUCCCAUUUUGUGUACAAAUAUCGAAUACCCGAAAAUAUAUAUCAAGAAUUUUCGCAAAAUCUAGAAAAAGACCUCUCAUCUCCUCACAUUGAAGGCGUGUACGAAACGCAAGUCCCAUUGUUAUUUAGGGUGUAUGUGGAGUUGGGCUGUUUGUGGCAAAUUAGUUUCAAGCACAGACUACAAAACAACUUAAAAAAUAUUACCGGAAAUAGAAAAACACCUGCUAAUAUAUACACUCAUAACUUUCUCGGUUCAUUCGAACUCGACCAACUUAAACGUUGCGAAGAUCUGGACAAGCAUCAUAAUCGUAAUAACAAUGAAUCCUCAAAAAGCAAUGGUUCCAAAAGAGCAUAUUUACCCCCCGGAAGUGUCACAUACAUCUAUUUGUAUCAUCAUAGUGUUGUGACAAAUAAGAGAGGUAUUUGGGCAUUAUGUUUGCCUACCCUAAAGAAAACGUACGUUUAUUUUUACGACACUAGCAUUGAUAACAAAUCUAAAAACGUUUCCAAAAUUUGGAUUACGAAUGCCCAAGCCGAAUCGAUUUAUCAAAACGAAAGAGAGAUCAAGCUUAACGCGAUAAAAGAGUAUUUUGAUUCUCGCGAUGAUACUAACCUCAGUAAUCAGAGUAUAGAUGGCGCAGGAAAUAAAAAACAACCGACCACUAACAUCGAGUACAUGUUACCCUAUCCAGACCACGUUUUUGAGAUCAACAAAGUAUACGGAUCCGAGAAAACUCCUAAAAUUAUUUCUAAAAAUACUGUCCAAAAUACGAUCAUCAAUCCCAACGACCCAAAAUCCCUUAUUUCUUCUCAUAAUUUUUCUUCUUUUAUUCUCACGAAAGAGGCCAUAAAGCGGUCUUUAAAACACCUCAUCAAGCAACAUAGUCAAGCUAUUGACGAACUUAAGUCUGACAACAAUAAGACAAUACCUGAAAAUACUAUCUUAGCUUAUCACACCAUCCCAUCUCUCCAGGAAGAAACGAUAGAUCUUUACAGUACUUCUUCAAACCAUUCUGACAAGGAUCAAGUCCAAACUUUCUUAAAAGAAAUUAGUUUAAGUUAUAUGCCUUGCAUCAGGAUACUGCCAUCCUUGAUAGCUGGAGGAGACUUUGACAAUGAUAACAUGAUGGAAGGGGAAGACUGCAGGAACAACGAUGAUUAUAAAAAGUCUAGCUCAUCGCAAGAUUGGCAUAAAACUGCUUUAGUUAAGAUGAUUAGACAUUACUUGGACUCAUCUAGAUUAUUAGAUGCUCUUUUAGAGGAAUCAAGAUAUUUAGAGAUACCCUUAGGUAAUCUAAGCCAAGAUUUACCUUUGUUAGGAGCUGAUGUUAAUUAUUCCAGGCGCUUAACCAAUAAUGGAUGUGUACUAUGGGCCUCACUUAAUGAUAAACCCGAUUUAGGUGGCAAAGAAAACGACGAUAAUUACAAUCUAUGUGACGACUCCUUUGAAACUGAUAUUGAUGACACAAAUGGAGCUGAUUACGUCAUCAACAAUCCCGGUUUUUAUAAUAGUAUUUGUCUCGAAAUACAAAUAUCCGGAUUACCAACCAACUCGCUCCUAUCCUAUCAUAGGAUUUUGGAAAAUGAAGGCGUGGCGCCUGCUCUUAGUUUUUCGACCUCCUAUAUCAAUAAUAAUAAAAAUAACAUGACUAUCACGCUGAGAAAGAAUAAUUUCAAGGAUUCCGUUGAGCUCAAGAACUUAAAGAGUCAAAAUCUAUCCGCCAUCAUCGACGAUUUCAAUAAGGAUUAUUCUACCCUCGACAGACGCUUGAAUAACUCACCGUGCAAGAAUGAUACAUUUAAUGAUACCACUUUCGUUGAGGCAGCCGGAUAUUCGGGAUUUGCGAAUGAAAGAAAUCUGGGUAGUAAUACUUGGUGCCAUGACGACAUGACCAGCAACUCUGAAUCAUUUAGAUUAUUACGGUGCGUUAUACAAUCUUGGGUAAAAGACGCAGCCCGAGACGACAAUCUUUAUGCCCGUAAUCAAUUGCUUCAUUUUUAUAGAUGGCUGAGAUCUCCUAAAUCAUUGCUUUAUGACCCUUCCAUCAAAAAAGCCCUGCAGCUCUUUAUCAAAAAACUAUUUUUAUCGCUCACAAGGGAACUAAAAAAGUUGGGGGCCAGCAUUGUCUACGCUAAUUACAACAGAAUGAUAAUAUGCAGCAAAAGGCAUAAAUUAAGCAAAGCUUUCUCCUAUAUUGCCUAUCUUUUGAAAGUCUUAAGGGACCAUAUAUUAUUCCAUGGCCUGAAUCUAAAAAUCGAAUGUGCUUGGGACGUUUUAAUGUGGUUGGGGCCCAGCGAUUAUGGCGGAAUUAAGACCAAAAUGUCACCGGAGAUUUUUACCGAUUUUAAACGCGAAAUAUUUAGCGAAUCUUUCAUAAAACCCUUAAUAUUUGACAAUGACGCAGGGAAGAAUUCGCACGACGAUCAAAAAGUGGUCAUGAAUUGGAAUUUGGCGCGCUAUUUAGUCACUAAUCCUAAUUGCCAAUAUUAUUUUAACAUCAUAGUUGCUUUGUAUAUAAUGUCCGUUUACGAUUACAUGCAACAAGAAUCUACGCUGAAUAAAUUAGGGGCCUUUAAAACCGCGCCAAAAAGCAUUCACCUACUAAACGAUGGUUUAGAUAAUUUAGAUACUUUGAACGAUUUAGAAUCGCAAGAAAACAAUAAUACGGAAUCUAAUAACCUACACGGAAUCCAUAUCACUUCCCCCGGCCUUUUGACACAUUGCCAAAAUUUGAUUAAAACCGAAAUCACGGAAAAAUUAUUUAAAAUAUUACAAAAGGUUCAAAGAUUAUCUGAAAACUAUGCUUCGAUCAACAAUGAAUCCUCGUCUCCUACCCAUAAAAAUAUCAAAAAUGCAUUCCUGAAAGAAUUUACUAACAAUAACGAACAACCUGCUUUGAGUUUGACCAAAUCAAUAUGUCACGUGCUUAGCCUGGACACCAAUAUUUCAACAUAUGUUGACAAGUUGAAAAGAAAUUUGCUUAAGUUGUUACAAGUGGGUGAAUUUUCGGAUCAAGCUGAAUAUAGCGAUGUUCGCCUGACUUUUAUUCUAAGGGAGGUUAUUUGCGACAAUUGUUAUUUCUGCAGAGAUUUGGAUAUUUGCAGGGAUAUUAAUAUAGAAGAGGAAAAUAAAGAGUUGAAUUGGGAAUGUAUAAAUUGUCCGAAUUUUCUGAAUAAAGACAUGAUUGAGGGCAUGCUAAUCAAAGUCACCAAAAAUAAAUUAAUGAAGUAUGUUUUACAGGAUUUGGUUUGCCAAAAAUGCCAGGAGAUAAAAGAGGCUAAUAUAGUUAUUAGAUGCACAUGCAACGGCUCAUAUAAAUUUGUGCUCUCUUCUAAACGAUUAGUGUCGGUUGUUAAAGCUUUUAUUAUAAUAUCUAAACAUUUUAAAAUGGACUCUCUUCAGGACAUGUUAUGUUGGAUAUCAAAAUAUUUGCCCACUCAAACUUCUGUACCAUAAUUAAUGAAUUGAUUUGAUUAUAUUAUUAAAUAUUAUACAGAUUUAUUUUUUAAAAGAAAAGUACGCACAAUAAGAAUUAUAUAAUUUAUAAAAAUAUAUUCUAUUUUAUAAUUAUAUUCUCAUCGAAUACUCAUUCUCAU